AGGGCCUUGAGUCUACACUGCCAUAUAAUCCAGUUAAAAUCUGAUAAUCUGUGGAAGAGGCCUAAGUGAGGCCUAACUGUGCCUGUCCCCUGGGCUGAGUAGGUUGCUAGGAGACCAAGUGGGCGGAGCUUAGCCUUCUAACUGGCAGCAAUUGGAUAAAAACUAUUAUUCCUCUCCCUCUAAUUAGGACUUUAUUUUUCUUUUCUUUUUGUUGUAUCAACCUGGAGGCAUGGAUGAUGGGUUGUGUUGUCAAAUUUUGAGGUUGGGGGGCCUGUAGUUUUGUUGUUUUGUCGGUCGCCGUGAUGCCAUCACUCUUUUAUAUAUAUAGAUGUGUGUGUGGAUAAUAUAUUUGGAGUCAAAGGAAAUAAAUCCAAGGAUUAUCUAUGGCAGGGGUCCUCAAACUUUUAAAGCCGAGGGCCGGUUCACAAUCCUUCAGACUGAGGAGGGGCCGAAUUAUCAUUUGGAAAAGGAAAAAAAACGAACAAAUUCCUAUGCACACUGCACAUGUCUUAUUUGUAGUGCAAAACAACAACAACAAUGAAAACAAUUGUAACCAACAUAAACCUAUCAGAAUUUCAAUGGGAAGUGUGGGCCUGCUUCUGGCCAAUGAGAUAGUCAAGUUAAUUAGGAUUGUUGUUGUCGUCAAGUCAUUUCAGACUUUGGGCGAGCCUAAGUCUAAAAUGUAUUUAUUUAUUCAUUAUAUAUUUAUAUAAUCUAUAGCUGGGUCAUGUCUGUAGCCUAAAGGCAACCCUUGGGCCACCUUCGUAGCCUGAAGGCAGCCUCAAGACAGCACCUCUUGUCCAAAGGCAACCCUCAAACUUCAUCUAUUGUCCACCUACGGCUUUUGGGUCAUGUCUGUAGCCCAAAGGCAGCCCUGGGACCACAUCUGUGGUCCAAAUGCAGUCCUCGGACUUCCUCUGUCAUGCAAAGAUGGCUUUGAGGCCAUGUCUGUGGGCCAAACACAGCUUCCGGGUGAUGUAUCUCGCCCAUGUGCAGCCCUGGGGUCAACUCAACGGAGAUCUGCGUAUUUGGAGCCAGUUGGUGCAAAGGGUGGGGGUGAGACAGAUAUUAGAUCUGGGUCAGGAUCUCAAUCCCUUGUGAUCAGCUUGCCUUGGUUGCCAUGGGGGUUGUGUGCUGUAUGGGCUCAAUGGGUUUGUCCCAUUUGUCAAAUGUUUCGACACGGCCGAUAGGAUAAUCGAUAACGCGGACUCGGCGUAUUAAUGGUGAUCCGACCGCACCCCGUCUUGACUCAGCAGUAUUUAUUUUGAGGGUUGAAAUACGUUCUGCCCUUUUCCACCUGAAAGACCAACAGCAAAAUCUUGAUGACAAGGCUCAUGGGAAAGCGUUUGAUUGAAGGGACGACACCUUUCCUUCUGGCUAUCGCAAAGCACACAGGUGUUGCCGUUGGGUGCGGCCAAGCCCUAGGGCUUAUCUCUCUAGGGCUUAUCUCCGUGGUCCCUGCCCUGCCGGACACAAGGGGAGAAAGGCCGGCAGAUAAGACUCUUUUAUCUCCAUCCCUCGCUCGCUCUCACCUGAGCCUGUGCGGAUCCAGGUAUAUAAAGCAAAAGGCUUCGCCUUCAGCCAGCCUUCGCUCUCUCGCCCGGCAACACCAUGAAGCUGCUUAUCCUGAGCAUUGCGUUCCUGGGCGCUCUCCUGGCCCCCACUUUGGCCACCAAUAACAUCAGCGAGAGGAACCAGGGCAACGUGGGGGGCCGUGCCCACCAGUCGGUCAGCAUCGACAACCAGAAGCAGGUGGUCAACGUGGACAACAACAACGGGUGGAACUCCUGGAACACCGUCUGGGAUUACAAGAACGGCUACGUGGCCACCCGGGUCCUGUCCAAGAAGUCCUGCAUCUUGUCCAGAAUGAACCCCGAGGUCAUGCCGGACGUCACCACGCUCCCCGAUGCCAUCAGGAUCAAGCAGAAGGACCGCACCAAAGGGCCCGCCCACAAAGAGGUCACCUACGUGGUCUCCUCCAAGCGCAUCACGGACCUGGCCCCGUACGGGAAGAACAUCCAGGCCCUGUGCCGAGGGAUCCCCACCUUCCCCGCCUAUGAAGCCAAAGGACGGAGCUUUGCCUACUUCUCCGAGUCGUGCUGGCAGGCGGACGUGCUCUUCCUCCUGGGCAUCAGCUACUGCGGAGAGUCCUUCCAGUACUAAGGCCCUGCCGGCCCCCCACUUUCUCCCCACGGUGGGAUUUCCCUUCAGCACCCACGGAGGCUGAUUCCCAAUUAAAAGCCUUCCCAGAAUGA